GCACUGAUCGGUGCACAUCAUCGUAUCCUAACAACGCCACUAAGCCCUGAUGUUCUAGGAAGACUCGAUAGGAAGUAUAGAAUAAUAUUUUCAGAAUGGGAAAACGGAAGUCCAGUAAACCCCCACCAAAAAAGGUCGCCCCUAAGAUUGAUACAAUGUUUACAUGCCCAUUUUGUAAUCAUGACAAGGCUGUGAUAGCCAAAAUGGACCACCUCACAGAGAAAGGACUUGUUUUGUGUACCAUUUGUGGACAGAAGUUUACCUCUGAGAUCACACAUCUAAGCGAACCUAUCGAUGUUUACAGUGAAUGGAUCGACGCUUGCGAAGAAGCCAACAUGUAGCCAGCUGACCAUUGUAUCAGAGGAACGUCUUUUGACGAUUUUGAUAUGUUUUCUGUACAGAGUUGUUACAAAAUGAGAGUUGACUGUGUCUGCAUUGUGUUUGGAGGUUUGCUCGAGUGGGUUGGCAUUCACUGUCUGUGCUGAGGAGUUCACCUUUGAAUGAUCGAGUGUAGUGAAGGAUUUCACGAUGGCAGUAGAUUCAAUUGCAUUUAUCUUGUUGAGGCCAGCAAAAUAACAGGAGUAAAGCUAUUUUUCUGGACAGCACAAAUUAAUAUGUGGUGGCACACAACCUAAACUUUUGCUCACUACGUGCGAUAAUCCAAACAGCAGUGAGGUUCGCAUUCGGCCCUAAGAGCCCAUGUUCUUGAAAAUUGUUAUAUUAUUUAUCGGACAAAUCAACCG